CUAUUAAAUGAGAGAACUACCCAUAUUUCGAAAUUGCUAAUACCUAUUAUUACAUUGACUAAUAACAUAUGUCAUCCUUAUUUAUACCAUCAAAAAGGGUUUGGCUGUGUCCUUUAAAAUAUAUUUCCAAGAUGGUGUGUCCCACUAAAUCUACUGCUUCCGGUUUUGAUGUACUUAAUAUCAAGGACUACAUAUUGGAGAAAUAUGUACCUCUAAAACUGUCGGAACCCAUUUACUCGGUUAAUUUUGUGGAUUGCUUGAAUGAAAACAAGUUCCCCAAUGAGCACUCACAACUUCAAUGUACUGAACUUGUUUGGCCGUUUAGCAGAACAGGAGCUUCGCCAAUACAAGUACCUAUUAGUGCGGCACAAAUCAUGGCCGAAGCAGAUGAUGAAAUCAAAGGAAAACGGAUAUUGGAAAUAACGCUCAAUAUGGAAUCAGUUGGAGAUUAUUUUAAACCUGGCGACACAAUUGGUAUACUACCGAUAAACAACAUUAAUGAUGUGCAAUUACUGCUAAAACAAAUGGAACUGGAAAACAAUAUUGAUGAUACAUUCCAAUUGUUGAUUUCUCCAAAGUGCAUCAAAAAAACUGCAAAGUUACCGACACACAUUCCAAAUCGUUGCACACCAUAUCAAUUGUUGCGUGAUUGUUUAAGCAUACAUGCCAUACCAAAGAAACAAUUUCUUAAUGUUUUAGCCAAUUGUUGUGAGGAUAAUGAUGAACGAGCAUUUCUAAGCAGUUUAUCGUCAAAAGAAGGCAGUAAUUAUUACAACGAACUUAUUUUAGAACGUGGCCUUAAACUUCUCGAUCUGCUAGAAUUAUGUCCAUCGUGUAAACCUACAUUAGAAGUACUUAUUGAACAUCUUCCACGUUUACUGCCGCGUCCUUACUCAAUAGCAAAUAACCCUGUAGCUAAUGAUUUAAAAAUUAUAUUCUCAAGACUCACAGAAAAACCUGGUGUAACAACUGAUAUGUUGAACAACUUGACGAUACGUUUCCUCAACUCUGCUAAUCCUUUAGAGUUGCCAACAAUUACAUUGUAUGCACGACAACCAAAUCAAUUUCGUUUUACCGCAGAAGAAGCAACCGAAAGAAAUCACAUUCUAAUCGGUGUGGGCACAGCUUUAGCACCGUUUUUAGGAUUUCUAGAACUCAAGCAACAAUUACUUGAGAAUGCACCGUUUAAAACAUUAGGUGACACUUGGUUAUUUGCUGGUGCCAUCAAUGAAACACAUCUACCACAUAGAGAUCGAAUAUUAGCAUGUAAAGAGACUGGUGUACUGCAACGCUACUUUGAAAGUUUUUCUCGUGUGUCCAGUGCCUCAUUUCACUAUAUACAGGAACAAUUAGUGGCGUAUGCCAGCGAAUUUGUUGAAUUUUUACAUCAAGAAAACACGAUGCUGUACAUUUGCGCUGAUGGUGGAUCGAUAUCAAAAUCAAUAGAAAAGGCAAUUGUAGAAUGUUUAACACAAGUUAAACAUAUAACGCCUGAAGAAGCUACACAAGAGUUGAAAUUAUACAAACAAAAUGGCAAAUAUCGUGAAGAUUUGUGGUUAUAAUUAAUUUGAAGUGAAUACUUGCAUAUGAGCGAGUAUAUAUUUGAAUUGUAAAUAAACGAGGGUUAAUAUUAAAAUAAAAAAUAAUUUAAAAUUGACAAUUUUAAUUUUAAAUAAAAAAUCUUAAAAAGUGUUACAUACAUACAUAUGUACAUAGAAACAUACAUACAUAUGUACAUAGUAAAUAUUCGAAUAACAAUAAAGCAGCUUGUAAAAAUAAAA